UGAAAAUUUAAAUUUAUCCGUAUAUUUUUAAUAUUUAAAAUUUACCAAUAAUUUCAAAGAGUAAUUCAUUUUUUUUUUUCAAGUAAUAAAAUACACCUUUGCUGUACAACUAUAUACCAUCGUUUACAGGUAGGUAAGGUCUUCAAAAUCUUUAUAUUGUAUAUAAUUUCGGAUUUUAAAUUUCGGGUGCAGGUCACGUUGUAAAUAUUGUAAUUAACGCGAAGCAGGUAGCGAUGUUAUUUAAAGAACGCGUACUCGAUGCUCAAGAUGUUUAACAAGGAUCCUCGAGUUUCUUAAUAGAUGUAAAGGAGAAAAGCAUGAAACGAUCAAUCGAUAGAGAUCUAUGUGAUGUUCUUCCGAUAGAAUUCCGGACAUGACAUAAACCGAACGAUGUUGAUCGAACAAAAAUGUAAUAAUCAUUGGUUUUAAUCUGAGAUUUGAUCCUUUUUGUUCAUUUUGCCGAAUACAGAAAAAGACAAUUAACGAAAAAGAGGAUGAAGACAGAUCAUAAUUUCAAUCAAGUGAUAGAUCAUUGGAAAUUUAUUUAUAUAAUAGAUUAUAGAAUUUAAUCCGUACGGAUGGCAACGUAUGCGACUGUCACUGAUCAAACUGUUUGUACGUAAACACAUCACAAUAAAUGUAUAACGGAUGAUCUAACAUCACCGCGCUUACUAUCUAUUCAUAAUGGAAUUAUGGAAAAUAAAACAAUUAUUCUUGGACGAGCAAAAUUACAAUGAUAGAUAAUUACAAUGAUACUAUAAGUAUGAUAUCGUGACAAUUUAAGUGAUUGUAAAUCCGUUAGAUAAGAUAGCUUUCUAGCUUGUCAAAAUCAACGAGAAAAUAGGUUUUCGAUCAGUUUUCAUUCGUAUUUAUUUUGUACAUAUUUUGACUGAUACGAUGUAUCUAUGUAAAUAGACAAUUUGAUGAUUGUAAUGAAUGCACAUGAGUAGAUGAAGUGUCUGGUGCAAUAUUUGCAACUCUCUGCGAAUACACACGUGAAAAACUGUGAUUGAGCGAACAUGGUUGUUCAAAACAUUUCCACGACGGUUUUAAUAAAUAAUUAUGAAAUUUUUUUAGAUAAAUAAUAUUGAAACGAUAAAUUUAUUAUUAAUUAAAAUAAUUAUUAGAAGAAAAGGGAAAAAUUUGUCUGAUUUCAUAUCGCAUUUAAAUUAAUUUUUAAAGAUCCAAUUUAUUACCAUUCGAUCUUUGCAAUUGGAUAUUUCAUUUUAACGUAAACGUCUCUGCUCCACUCUCUGCUCACGAUCUUCAUCAAUAUGUUUGGGUUACGGUGAGCUCGUGUUUUUGAGUGGUAGGGAAACGAGGUGGGAUUGAGUCGUUUAAUUUAGAAGAUACAAGAUAUUGAAGGAAUUUAAGCAAAUAUUACUAUAUAUAAUAAAGUAUAAUAAAGUAGGAAAAUACCCUCGUCUGAUCCUUUUUUCACGGAGGUAGGGGUACAGGUACAGGAAUAUAUAAACGGAUUUACGAGGGUUGGCAGAUCAUUUGCUCAUUUGCUCAGAGUUUGUGUUUCGUGUCACGUUACGUUAAAAUUGUUAGUUAAGUGUUGAAAAUGGCAAGGUCGACAGCGUGGAUCAGGAACAACAUGUUAUUCUCCGAAGACGAAUAUGACGAGCAAUUGAUGGAAGCAAGACUGAAAGUUCAACGAUCUUUUCAAAAGUUAUCCAUUUCAGACUGGCACUCGCCCAAACCUCCUAAUCCAUCAAACUUAGUAAAAGUUACGCCGAUUGAAUCUCGUCCACCAUCCUGGAAAAAUUUUAAAGAAAAAUCCACGCUGUAUUCGAUGAAUUUAUUAGAUGACAAGAAUGAAGAAAUCAAGGCCAAGGUCCCAUCAAGAACAACAAUUAUCAAUAAUGAAAAUUAUUAUCCGAAAAGGUUAUUGGGAACAAAAUAUAAAGAAUGUUCAAAUUGUUCAUCAAGGGAUAAAACGUUCGAUACAAAUAUUCCAAAAGUAAAGCUUUCCAAAAUUUACGGGACCUAUCCCAAAAUGUCGCCUUCUAGAAAAGUUCAAAAUAUAAAUAUUGUUUUACCAGUUAGACCAAAAAUUGAACCAUUAACAAAUCAAAUUAACGUUAACAAAAAAAAUGACUAUUCUAAUAAUAGCGGAACUUCUCGAGAAAGUAGGCAAAGGAAGAAUGACGCCAUUCAAACUUCCGACAUGAUGACGACCCCUAUAAGAACGCCAAACGUGAAGUCAAGUUUCAAAAUUCCCGCCACUUCUACGCCAAAAUUCUCUCGAGCUUACUUGUUUUCGUCGAACAUCGAUGAAGAUAGUCCAAAAAUAAAAAAGACACGUUCCCGUAACAUCUUGGAGAAAUCUUACAUCUUCGAGAAUAAAUCUAUGAACGAAUCGGAUGAUUACAAGCUUGAUAAUACUUUUAAAUGUAGAAAGUUGUCUAAGAAUAUGCUAGAAAAAGCAUCUAUUUUCGACAGCAGUUUAAGGAUAGAAAACUUUGAUCGGGAUUACAAAGAAGAUGCAAGAUGUUACAAAGAUCAAACACCAAUUAAAACAUCGAAAGAGAAUUCGCUAUUACAGAGAAAUAUUCGAUCGAUUGAUACAAUUUUAUCGAAAGACGAUUAUGAUUUGACUAUGCCAAAAUCUUCAUCCAUGGUUCGUGACAUUGCGAAGAAGUUGGAAAUCACAAAUAUAUCUCCUUCGACAGAUGAAUCACUAAGAACUAAAAUGAAUUCUAUUUUCCAAAGGAAAAAAUCGAAUCGAACGAACUCGAUCAUUCAUUUUAUAAGGAAUAAAUAUGAGCAUGAAAAGAGAAAGACUAUUAAAGAAACGAUGGGAAAUUUAACAGAGAAAGGAAAUAAAUCUUCGUUAUCGUCGCGUCAGAAUUACGAUGCUAAAGUCAAUCAGAAUGUCGUGAAACAACUGGUGAAUGUCAUAGAGAAAGAGAUUGCGCCUAAAUUUAAAGUUUAUCAACAAUCGUUGAAAAGAAAUUUUGUAUAUGAAGAAGACAGUUUCAGCGAGUCUGAAGCGAAAUCUAUUGUUACAUCAACCUCCCCCAAGGAUACGGAUAGCAGCAGUGAUAUUGAUCAAAAAUCACUUUAUGUAAAUUAUGAACACGAUUCAUUCGAUAAUGAAAAUUCAACAACGGAGAAAACAUUGGAAACCGAAGAAAAAGUUUUUCAAAAUGAAAAUGAUAAUAAUGAUGAUGAUGUUUAUUGGAUACCUGUAUCUAAUCCGUACAAAUUUCCAAGAACUAGUUCCUUAUUGACAAUCUCUAGUCAAGUUUCUAUCGAUACUCCAUCUCCGUGUAUCAGUCCAAUCAGAAUGGAAGAGGAAGUGGAUAUUGUGCAAAAACAUUGGAGAAACACUACCACCAGGAAAAUCAAUCCUUUUUACAGGAUUGAUGAAACAAUAGUGAUAGAUUCAGGAUAUUCUGAUAAAUCUGAAGCGAUUAUGAAUAAUUCUGAAUCGUCGAUAACGGAUAGUUAUUAUUGAUUUUCAAUAAAUGAGUCUAGAUCGGAAAAUAGGUUAGGUUAGUUUAAGAGUUUAAGAAAAUCUAGACGGAAGUCAAUCGAUUAGUUUUUAUCUUGAUAUAAAUUUUUAACUUCAAAUUAUCUUCAAAAAA